CUGAGACCUCUUGCCUGCAAGGAGAAACGCCACCUCUGAACCCCUCAUCAAUUAUCAAAAUCGUGAGGUUUGAAGCCCCGUCAUAUCUAUUAUUUCUGGAGUCCCCGGUAUUAUCAGAUGAUGAUCUGCGAUUUCGUAGAAUGCUUUCACUACCAUGAUGUCAGAGUACAUGGAAGUCGGCCGGUUCUCACAGGCGCUGCCGCUGAGCCGACCUUUGCGGAACUUUCAAGUAUCGAUAUGAGCCGCUUGCUAUCUUCGGAUAUUCUGGAUAGGAAUCGGCUGGAAGAAGUGGGGAUAGCGUGUCGCGAUGUCGGCUCCUUUUAUGCAGUGAACAAUGAAAUCCCUGAUCACGUAUGCCAUGGGACUUUCGAGGACAUUGCGUGCAUUGCCAGAAGAGGCCGAAGUGGAAGCCCAUAUCAGUGAGAGAGAAGUAUUGGGGUUACAUAGGCGAAGACGUAAUGGAUGCUGAGCAAAGCGAUUCUUGUCCGCAGGCUACGAUGCCAAAGCCUCGCAACCAAUGGCUCUCAUUGCCAUUUGCAUCUUUAUUUCGUCCUCCCAUUUACCACUACUACAUGCACAUGCCCUUCUUCGCAAAGUGCCUGAUUCCUAUCUCUGUGCUGACUCUUAACCUUCCC